GUCGUGCCUAACAUGCACAUUUACAGGACGACUACGACCAGUUGGAGGCUCAAUCCCAACGGCUUUGCUUGAAAGACCACAAAAUAAUGAGGACCGAGGUAAAGGAGUAGUGGGGGUGAGUGAUCGAGGACCACGUUCCCACGGUCCAACAUUGUGGGGUACCGUAUUCUUCACAGUACAUAAGUCGUCUCAAGACUCGGUCCGGAUUCCGGAUGUCUGCCCACAACGUUGGACUCGACGCAAAAAGCAGGGUUUUGUCGCUAUAUCCUAUCCUAGGAGGAACAAUCACCUAACAGCAUAACAAGUAUGUCUGGCAGCUGGAGCAAGUUCUUGCCUCUGCCCGUUCUGGUGGCAGCAUUGGGCGCCCUAUAUUCUAAUCCUUCGUUGAUUGUCCCUGUCUUGGACAAGUAUGCUGGUCGAGUGGCAGAUUUUCAGCCUGCAGCUGCUCAUCUAGGCCAUGGCCCUUUGAACAAUGACAAAUGCUGGAUCAACACUGUCGGACAGGCCUGCGAGGAUGUGCGCAUCCAUGAGCCAUCGGGUGAAGUAUUCUUAGCGUGCGGUUACCCAGAGACAAGAAACCUCUUCUAUCCGCCCCUUAACCGCCAUGACACAGUCAACGCCCAGUCAUAUCGUGAAUACUUCUUGAAAUAUGAUAUCAAGUCGAACACAACACUUCCUCUCAAGAUAGAGGGUCUGGAGGCAUCUCACGACCUAGUAUUGCACGGCAUUGACCUCUUCGUCCCCAGUGGUGAAAGUUCAACGAUCUACGUCUUCGCUGUCAACCACGCUCGCCGAGGUGAAGAAAUCCUACUGUUCUCUCAUGAAUUGGGCUCAAACGUUCUCACCUUCGUGCGCGAGUUUAAGCACUGGAAGAUCAAAACUCCGAACGCAGUGGCUGCAACUAGCCUGAACUCCUUCUUUAUCACGAAUGACCACUACUUUUAUGGCGGAGCCUUUGGCGGCCUCUUGAGAACUUUUGAGGAUAAAUUUGGGCCUUGGAAAUGGGCAUCAGACAUCGUCCAUUGCACUGCUUCGGACUCGUCCGUGGAUUGCAAGACUGUUUCACCUACAAAUUCGCACCCUUCCGCAAACGGGGCCCUGCUCGUAGACGAUGGGAAAACCCUGAUGGUCAACGAUGUGAUCAAAGCAACAACCACAAUCUACGCCGUAGAUCCUGUCACCAAACAACUGACACCGAAGCAACAAGUGCAACUGGGCGCAGGAGCAGACAAUUUGUCUCUCAUACCCGGAUCUGAAGACAUCGCUGUAUGCGUAUUUCCCGACCUGCCAAGAUUGAUGGGCCGCCUGCACAACCCGUUGAACUCAUCAUUUCACGCUGAGGCAGCGGUUCUGCGUCUCGUGAAGAAGAACAACUAUGAACCCGAGGUUUUGUACUGGGACGACGGCUCGCUGAUGACGCUUUUGACCGGGGCAGCUGUUGAUCCGGAGUCUCGCCGGCUGAUUGCAGGCGGUGUGUUUGAGAAGCAUUUCAUUGUGUGCGACAUUAGCAAUGUUGCCCUCUGAGAAACUUCUACCCCGGACUAAAGAAGGGUUGCAUUCGUUUAUGGACAGGAUCAUCAAAACAAUCCAGUCCGAAUGUCACUCGCCGUUGGCACAGCGCACAAAUCGGAAGGUUGUAUCACCAUACUGUGCUUCGUGGAGGUAAAAUUUUUAUAGGCGGCCAAUUUGUUCGAUGCUUCUGCAGCAGUCCUCUUACCUUAGAUCUUACAACCUCGCAAGUAUCGUGGUAGAUGUAUGGCUUGGCGUCUGGUUGAGUUGCCAAGGCCUUGGUUGGUGCGGCUUUUCUUGCUUCGUCGACUUUGAACUUCAACUCAUCCCUAAGACC